GCACAGCAAAAUGGCGAAGGCGCCCUACCCCACACCGCUCCGCUCGCGUGCCUCCGCCCCAGGGAAGCUGAUCCUCUUUGGUGAGCACGCCGUGGUGUACGGUCACACGGCGGUGGCCGUGGCGCUCUCUAGCAUGCGCGUCACCGUCGAGGCCGAGCUGUGUGACGAUGGCGACGGGACGCUCGAGGCGACGCUGCACGACCUGCCGAGCGCGUGCGGCAGAGGUCCUGUGCGGGCGGACGUGCCGCUGUCGGCGCUGGCCGCCGCUAUGCUCCCGACCCGCGCCUCGGAGGAGCGCAGCGACGAUGGCUGGCGCACGCCGCUGGCCGCCGGCGCUCGCGUCAUCGAGGCACUCCACCGUGAGCUGGGCGGCGCGCCCGAGGCGGACAAGGCGGCGCUGGUGCCGCUGCUCUUCCUCGCCGCGUCGCUGCUCCCGCAGCUCGGCGCGCGAGUCGGCGGCCGGCUGCGCGUCGGCGUGCGGUCCGCCGGCUUGCCGGUCGGCGCCGGGCUCGGCUCGUCUGCCGCCUUCAGUGUGGCGGUGGCGGCGGCGCUGCUGCGGCUGCAGCUGCUGCUGCGCGAGCGGCUCGGCUCGACCGCCGCCUCGGACCUCGCUCUGCUCGAGGGCGGGCCGCGAGCUGCCGACGGAGCGGCGACGUCAGCAGAGGCGGGAGGCGCGAAGGCGGGAGGAGGACGGUCGGGAGCAGGCGGGUCGGGAGGGCGGGUGGCGGGCACUGGGGAGGAGGGGUGCCGUGAGGCCGAGACGAGCACGCCGUCGAGCGCCGCGCGCGAGCUCAUCAACGGCUGGGCCUACUGCGCCGAGUGCAUCCUGCACGGCACUCCGUCCGGCCUCGACAACGCCGUCUCGUGCGAGGGCGGAGGGAUGCGGCUGCAGCGGGCCGGCCGGGAGAGCGGCGCGGCCCUUCGCUUCGAGCCGAUCGCCUCGCUACGGCCGAUGACUGUCCUGGUCACCAACACCAACGUGCCGCGCUCGACGCGGCGCCUCGUGGCGAAGGUGCGAGCGCUGCGCGACGCACAGCCCGCCCUCACCGAGGCCCUCUUCGGCGCGGUCGCCUCCGUCGCCGAGGCCUUCCUCGCAGCGACCGCCUCGUCGGAGGCGCGGCUCAGCGCGGAGCUGCCCGAGCUCGUGCGAAUCAACCACGGCCUCCUCGUCUCGCUCGGAGUCUCUGGCGCCGCCCUCGAGGACGUCGUCGCCACCGCCGCGGAACACGGCCUCGCCACAAAGCUGACUGGCGCCGGAGGAGGCGGCUGCGCAAUCUCCGUCGUCGGCGUCGGCGGCGCCGCCAGAGGCGAGGCGAGCAAGUCGGCGGACGCCGCGCGGCGCCGCCUCGAGGCCAAGGGCUACAACUGCCACCUCACCUCCGUCGGCGGCGAUGGCGUGCUCUACCACGCCCCGCAGGCUGCGGGCGAGACGGCGGCGCGGGCGGCGCCGUCCGGGGGGCUCGCACGAGCGGCUGCCGCGGCCGCAGCGGUGGUGGUCGCGGCCGCGCUCGCCGCCGCAGCCGCCGCGCGGUCGCACGCGACUGCCUAAGACGAGUGGCGUCGCGCGCGGCCUAUCGUACACUAUGAGUGAAGGUGGUCCCGUGAGAAUUGAGGCGCGCGGGGCGUAAUGUACCUAUAAGAGGUUGGGAGCGAGAGAAGCCCGACGUCGGUGCCAUUCCUCUGUCGAAUAAAA